AUGGGUAUAAAUCGGAGGUCGCACUCAUCGGAAAUUCUUACUGGUUCCACUGAUUUAAUCGGUAUCUGCUUAGCCUUAUUUGUAGCAGUUAUGCUGAAAAAUCUUAUAACCUUUGGAAUGGGCGUCUACGUGGGCAUCUAUUUGGAUCAGAAUCGCGAUAUCGCGCCCCUUUCAUCACCAAAGGAGUUGAUGAAUCGAAUUGUAAAUGAAGUUGAUCGAUUUUUAACAGGAGAAAAUCCAGGACAGCAAAGUUUGUCGAAGAAAGUAGAGGAUGAUUUCUUCAAAGGUUUCGACGAUUUCUUUUUUCCAUCCCGAAAGCAUCAGUGA